AUGCCCAGCAGAAUCGGCGAGGAGCGCGGCGCGCUCUACGGCUCUCGCAGGGAAUUCGUCUGGGCACGCAACGAGCGGACACUGCAGCCGGAAUUCGCAUGCUUGGAAGAGCAGCGGGCACAAGGGUUUGAGAUGACACAGGCGAAUCAGGAGACGAAGGAACGCAAGGGCUGCAUCUGCAGUAACGUCGCUGAGGACGAAGGUGUACCGAAGAGCAGACCUCUCCCCGUGCCAGCGAGAAAUGAAGAGGCCAGACGGCCUGCGUCACGAGAAGCAUUCCUCCGGGACCAGGAGAACAGAGAUAAAUGUUUCAAAGAAAGUAUGCGGCAGCAUGCCCUGCGAUUCUUGGAAGAUUCAUCAAAGGCCGAUUCCGCGGAGGUUGCCAGGCAGGGAAAGUUUAUGCUUGACUUCGAAAAUACCUGGGUUAUGAAACUCGGGUACUAUGAUAAGGCAUUUCAACGAAUGCAAGGCUCUCAGGAACGCAAAUACCUCCAUAGCAGGCAGAGGAGGGACGGGGUGUUUGAUAAGAGUGUGUCCAUCUGGGAAACAGUCAUUGGGCAGCAGCUCUCCACUCAGAAGGCUCGGUCUGCUUCGUUUCUCGCCUCAUGGGAGACGGUGGGCAAUAUGAUCCAAGAAAUGCAUAUGCAAACCUUCUCUCAUUGGAAGAGGCGACUGGAAGAGGUGUUUGAUACAGUUGUCCAGCCUUUAGUGCGGAAUUAUGAUGAAAUCUGCAAAGCUGACAUGCAGGAAUGGGCCACAAGGAUACAAAUGGCUGAGUCUUCCCAGAGCAUCAACCACCCUGUAGUGAUGGAGCCUCUAACACACCAGGAAUAUUAUGAGCAUAUUCCAGUUCCAAACUGGAACUAUGAGCAGAAAUCAUCACCCACAAUGGACCCCUACAGCUUGACUAUGCCAGACAGUGAGCCAUUGUCACCAGCAUCAACUUCAGCUGCAGCUGGGGUUCCGAAGAAGGGCAAAGAGUCCAGCCUUUUACCAUCUGUACCCCCUGCUCCUCCAAUUCAAAUGCCACAAAAUAAACAUCUACUCACUCCAGCCUCUCAUAAAACCAAGAUCAGCAAGAAGGCCCCCAUUGACUCCUUAUCCCUCAAAAAAGAAUUUCAGCAAUACCAAGAUUGGAACCAAGAGGAAUUCGUCAAGGCUGAGGAUUCCCGUGAUGAAGGCUGGAAGCAUGCAGAAAGACGGAGGAAUGAAGGAGAAACUCACAGGGCAGUGGUGUUUGGUGAGGUGUUCAACAAGAUGAAGGAGGAGCUCGACAGGCAGAGGUCCUUCUACCACAAUUCUUUCCAGGGCCUUGAAACAGAAAGGAACACAGAAGAUAAGACAAGACAAGCAUAUUUUGCAGCGGAAUUGCGCAGCUGGAGCCACAUCUUCAGAGUAAUGGAGUCCCGAAGAGAUUCUGAGUACUCUGUCUUGUGCAGACUUCACCAGGACCUCUUGGCGAGAAUCAGAACCAUGGUCAGUGAUAUGAUGAAGGCAUUUGAAGAAUGGGUAAAGGCAAGGCUUGAAAGGCAAAAGGGUGCUUUCAGAAUGUUUUUACCUACAGAGGAGUCACCGAUGCCUGGGAUGAUGCCUGGCUUGGAUGGUGACCCGGGAUGGUUCCCACAUGCACAGCCACACACAGUGAGCACAGGCUCUGCGGCGCCAUCACUGCCGAAGAAGGUACCCGAGCACCCUAUACAAUACGAGCAUACAUCCGGAGUGGGCAUUAGAAACAUCUUCGCUCCUGUGCAUAUCCAUAGGCCCCUUGAAAUACCGCGGAGCGGCGAUAUGGCAUUUUUUCAUGACAGUCCUUCCGCUGAGGAGAAGCACGAGACCUACAGUCGCUUCCAGCGACUUUUUGAAGACGCGCAACGUCGUCGAGAAAUCCAGUUCGCCACGAGCUCAAGGGGGCGUCGCCGAGAGUUCGAGCUCGCCGAAGCCGAGCGACGGGACUGGUUCUCUCGGGGCCAACGGGAACGCAGGGAGGCGCAGCGUAGACUACAGACCACCCAAGAAAUAUGUUUCACCCACGACCAGCAAGCACGGCGUCUUGGGUUCAUCACCUCAGAGGAGAGGCGGACUAGGAAGUUCGAAGCAGCGCAGGCCCGUCGAGAUGCAGCCUUCUUUUCGUAUAUUGCCCGACAGCAAUCUGAUUACAAGAAAACGCAAAAAGACCGUGAAGAGAUGCUUAUGCAGGAAGUUGGGACACAACAAACCCAGUAUCAGGCUUGGGAAACCCAUGUGCUUCUGUUCAUCGCGGACUGGGGAGCACGCUUGUCCAAGAGUCUGGAGACGGAUAGGCAGGAUCGGGUGAGGGCAGUCGAAGGGCAUAUCUCUAAGCUGUCCUCUCAUGCAGCUGCACAUGGGACAGAAUAG